AAAGCCUGAAGCAAAAUGGGGCUAAACAUGGGCGCCGCUACGGGAAAUCAAAGUUUGAGUUUAUGUUUAUUGUGUUUGUUCUUUGUUGUAAUAAUCCCGACACUGCAGGCUGACAUCGCGGAAUACGAUGAAUACUGGAGGGAACGUGAAUUGCAGGCUAAAGAGAAUCUGGAAAAAGAGUAUAACCCUAAACCGGAGGAGGUGACCAAUCAUCUGAACGAUCGUGUUGCCACCACGUUGAUGGGGCUCGGUUCUAAUAGCACGACGAGACGGGCGUUGACCAGAAAGAUCAAGCGAAUGACUCCGUGUGAGGCCACUAACCCGAUCGACCAAUGUUGGCGAUGUGAUCCUAACUGGGAAAAGAAUAGGAAGAGGUUGGCUGAUUGCGCUCUUGGAUUCGGACGUGAUGUUACGGGUGGAAAGAACGGAGCGAUUUACGUUGUGACUAAUUCUUCCGAUGAUGUUCUUAACCCGGCGCCAGGGACUUUACGUCAUGCCGUCACCCGAAACGUGCCGCUUUGGAUCAUCUUCGCAAGAGGGAUGAUCAUCAGGCUGAAAGAGGAGCUCAUUAUGACGUGCGAUAAAACGAUUGAUGGUAGGGGAGCCAACGUGCAUAUUGCUUAUGGGGCUAGUUUUACCAUCCAGUUUAUUAAGAACGUUAUUAUCCAUAACAUCCAUAUCCACCACAUUAUUCCGGGGAACGGCGGCUUGAUUCAGGACGGUGCCAAUCAUAUCGGGUUGAGGACGAGGAGUGACGGCGAUGGAGUCUCCAUUUUCGGAGCUACCAACAUUUGGCUCGACCAUCUUUCCAUUUACAAAUGUUCCGACGGCAUUGUUGAUAUCAUUCAGGGUAGCACCGCCAUCACCAUUUCUAAUUGUCACAUCACCGAUCACAACGACGUGAUGUUGUUCGGAGCGAGUGAUAGCUACAUACCGGACGAGAAGAUGCAGGUCACCGUCGCGUUCAACCGUUUCGGUAAAAACCUGGUACAAAGAAUGCCGAGAGCACGAUUCGGUUUCAUCCAUGUCGUCAACAAUGACUACACUUUCUGGAACAUGUACGCCAUUGGAGGCAGCAGCCACCCUACAAUUAUCUCCCAAGGCAACCGCUUCAGAGCUCCACGAAACAUAGCGGCCAAAGAGGUGCUGAAGAGGGAGUUCACGAAACCGGAAGUGUGGAAGUUCUGGGACUGGAGAUCUGAGGGCGACGUGUUGUUGAACGGCGCCAUCUUCAUCCAAUCAGGGAGUCCAAACGCCAUCAAGAAGUUCGCGCCUGAGAAAACGGUGAAAUUUAGUUCGGGUCAUAAGGUGCCUCUUAUCGUUCAUUACUCCGGUGCACUUACCUGCUGCCCCGGCAAGCCGUGUUAGUCAUCGGCGUUUGGGUUUUUUUUUUUUCUUUCUCAUCACUGCAUGAUAUGAGCGGUGCAUGCAUGCAUGGUAUAUCCGGAAAUCUAUU